AAAUCGUAAAAUUCUUGGGAAAAUAAGUGCUUGAAAAAAUAUAAAUAAAAUAAGAAAAAUGGCAUCACCGAUGGAAAAGGAUGACCUCGUGAAGUUGAAGAGCUUCAUUGAGUUCGUGGACUCGAAUCCUACGGUGCUGAAUGUGCCUCAGCUUAAAUUUGUCAAGGAUUUUAUUGAGAAGUUUGGCGGCCAGGUGCCGGCUGGCGACUUCAAGAUGCCAGACGCCGCUGCAGGCGGAAAAUGCCCAUUCGGCGGCGAUGCCGGUGCCAAAUCGAAACCGGCCGGUGCUGGUGUCUCGACCCCCGACUCCGAGGGAGUCAGCAUCGAUUCGGAUGCUAGCGAAAAUGACGAGUCUGCAGCGGAGUCCGAGUCCGAUGUUGAGCUGGAUAUGGAAGGCGUUAUACAGCCAGACCUUGACCCGGCCCAGCCCAUGGGCGACUCUGCCAAAGAGGUCACCGAGGAGGAGAUGGACCAGGCCGGUGAUGUGCGCGGCGAGGCCGCCAAGGCCUACGGUGAACAAAAGUUCGAGGAGGCCAUCGGUCUCUACACCAAGGCCAUUGAGCUGAAUCCAGGCAAUGCCCUCUACUAUGCAAAGCGCGGCCAGGCUUUCCUCAAGCUGAAGAAGCCCAAUGCCUGCAUCCGUGACUGCGAUAAGGCCCUUGAGCUGAACUGCGACUCGGCGGCCGCCCACAAGUUCCGUGGUCGCGCCCAUCGCCUUUUGGGCCAGUUCGAGGAGGCCGCCAAGGAUCUACGCCAGGCUUGCAAGCUGGACUUUGACGAGGAGACCGAUGAGUGGCUGCGCGAGGUCACCCCAAAUGCAAAGAAGAUCGAGCAGCAUCGUGUCAAGCAGGAGCGCAAGCAGGCCGAGCGCAAAGUCAAGGAUCGUCUGCGUGCCCAGAAUAAGGCACGCAAAGAGCAGGAGAAACAGAAGGCCUCGGCUGGUUCGACAGGCGGUUUUCCAGGCGGAGCUGCUGGUGGCUUCCCUGGCGGUUUUCCCGGAGGUUUCCCCGGUGGUUUCCCCGACAUGGGCGGCGCUGGGGGCAUGCCCGGCGGCAUGCCCGGCGGUCCUAAAAUGGCCGAGAUGCUGGGCCUAAUGAAGGACCCUGAGGUGGCUGCCGCCAUGCAGGACAUUCUCGCUAAUCCGGCCAACAUUUCCAAGUAUGUGUCCAACCCGAAGAUCUUAAACUUGAUGAAGCAGUUGUUCCCGGGCGGCGACCCAACCGGAGCUGGUCCCUUUGGCCCAGGAGCCGCCUUUGGCCAGGAGAAAGAGGAAAAAGACACGCCCAGUGAUAGCAGCGAGCCGAAGACCAAGAAGGAUUCGGCGGACUUUGUCGACGAUGGCCUCGACUAAGCGCAAAGGUCAGUUUUGGAGCAGGAGCAGCGGCAGCAGGGGAAUGUGUUGUAGCGGCCAAAACAGAAACAGAAACAGAAAUAUCGAAAAACAACAUGAAAGGAAGGAAGACACGCAUAUAUGUACACACACACAGCAAAAUACAUAGAAGACACACACAUAUACACAUACAAUCACACACCAGCACACCACACACGAGUCAGAGCAGGAUGGCAACACAUGAGAAAUGCCAAGCCGCUAGCGCUGCCCUUUCGCGCUGGCUGGCUCUGCUCGCUCGGAGUUUAAUUUUGUUUUGAUACAAGUUUUUCUUAUGCCAUACCGCCAUACCUAAAGAAUGAACAGGGCGAAUAGAUUGCUUUCCCCUAUUGACAACAACACAACAACAACAACAACAAGACCAACAACACAUUCUUUAAAGGAACAACAAGAAAGCAAAAAAACUGUCGAUCGAUCUAGUUCAACUAAUGCUCGAUAGGAAGAAGUCCAAAACGAAAGCAAUUACAUAUAAUAUAAAUUAGCCUUAAUUAUUGCUCCCACACACGACACACACACACAGCAACAGCCAGAGCAGCAGAAGGUGAAAAUGAACAAAGGAAUAAACAAAAACAUAAACAAAAACAAAAACAAACAAACGGAUGUAGGACGAAACAAGAUUUGUUAGACAAAAUUGUACUGAAAGUAGGAUUUGAUCAAUAAUUGAACUAAGCAAAUGCAUUUAGCAUACAAUACACCAACACCACCACCACAAGCACUCAUACAACCACCCACCACAUCGGAAUGCGCCCACAUUCAGUCACUCAUAAAAAACACACUCAUACAUAUGCAAAAACACAUUCAAUACAUCAUAUACAUGCGCCUAUUCACAUGUCAAACAUUCAUCAGCGAGAUCAAUGGAAAUAAAACAUUUGAGAACC